GCCGGUUAUAAGCGUAGGGCUACUCCUAAGAUAUUGCGUCAAUCUGGAUAGCUGGGACGGGACGGUUCAGGUUUCACUACUAACAGUAGUCAAUUGUGGGGUAUGUAUCUUCAAUCAUACUGUAAAUACCUAGACUCCGACAAAGGAAUACGUUGAUAUAGGUGUCUGCAAUGUCAAACGAUUCGAACAAUAUUUAGACUGGAUUCGUGAAGUUAUUUUUUCGAGAUUAACGUUGUGUCUGCUUGUUUCGAAAUGACAUCCCAGAACAACAACACCCUCCCAAAAGAGGCGGAAGAGGGGUUCAAGGAUGCUGCUUCGUACGAUGCAUAUCGCCCUUCUUACCCGCCAGAUGCUUUUGAGAAAUUCCUAUCAAGUUUGAAGAUUGCACAAUAUCCUUCUGCCAAGAUCGUGGAGAUUGCCUCGGGCACUGGCAAGUUCACAGAGCUUAUAGCCCAGCGACCUGAGGGAUUUGUCGUGAAAGCGAUUGAACCUCAUCACACAAUGAGGGAUAAGCUUGUACAAAAAGAUUUACCCGGCGUCGAAGUGAUUGAUGGCAAGGCCGAUAAGAUGCCAGUUGAGGAUGAGUGGGGUGAUGCUUGUGUUGCCGCUCAAGCAUUUCAUUGGUUUGCGACUCCCGAAGCGUUGAAAGAGAUUCAUCGUGUGUUGAGACCAGGCGCCGUGUUCGGAGCCAUUUGGAACAUCGAGGAUUACAACAAACCUCACAGCUGGCCAUCAACUACAAAGUGGGAGCAAAAGUUAAAUGACUUCAUCUACUCACUGGAUGAUGGGCUUCCUCGUUUUAAACACCAGAAAUGGAAAGAUGUAUUUGAGCAACAACUGCCAGCCACCCCACUCCAGGCCCUCAAAGACACAUUUACCGACGGCAUGCCUAAAUUUAGCCUUCCGCGUGGAGAAGAUAUUGUGAAAUGGACGGUCUGGCUAAGUGAAGAAGAACUUUCAUUACGACUCAAUACUUUAAGUCAGAUUGCCAUAUUCAAGGGUGAUGAACGAGAUGCUUGGAAUAGGCUUCUUAAAGAAACUCUUGAGGGCGAUGAUGUCGAAAGGAACGAGAAGGGUCAAAUCGCGGUACAUGGUAUCACAUUCUUCACGUGGACGGAUAGGCUCUAAGAGAGCCUUUAUGUCACAAGAAGAUGCCUGGAGAUGGGAAGUAAGAACAUUGCUCUUGAUCAAAUAUCAGCGUUGAGGAAUUCAUAACCAUCAUGAUGCAAAGCUUCUCCAACUUCUCUCAUAUCCGUGGGCAUGCGGUCAAUGGAAACGCGCAUAUCCCUUGUGACCUCUGGAGGAGAGGUAGGAGGCGUUAAAUGCGACCGUGGCGGAGUAGUGCGGUAUGCAUCGUUAGAAUUCCCCUUGAAUAGUAUUCUCAGAAGGCUCCCAUUAGGAAAUAUCAAUAACUAAGAAUCAUGAGUCCGCCGAGAUGUACAUGACUU